CUGAGGAGUCUGCGAAGGAGCUGUCGAAGCGCUCUCACCCGCUGUGCGCCUUUCCUGAAAAGGAGACGUCACAGACACGAUGGCAUCACAGCAGGAAUCGCGGCUGACAACACCGCGAGCACCACCACCGGUACCACUACCUGCUCUGGCACCGGCAACAGAACCCGGAAGAGCGCAGACGCAGCAGCCCACGGUGUUCGUGCCGACACCUGGAGUGCCUUGGGCCGGACCAAUGGGCGGACCAAUGGCCGGACGAAUGGCCGGACGAAUGGCCGGACCUAUGGCCUGGCCUACGGCCGGACCCAUGGCCGGAGUGAAUAUGGCUGGACCCAUGGCCGGACCCAUGGCCGGACCCGUGGCCGGACCCGUGGCCGGACCCGUGGCCGGACCUGUGGGCGGACCUCUGGGCGGACCUCUGGGCGGACCUGUGGGCGGACCUGUGGGCGGACCUGUAGGCGGACCUGUGGCCGGACCUGUAGGCGGACCUGUGGCCGGACCUGUGGCCGGACCUGUGGCCGGAAUGCCUACGGCCGGAAUGCCUACGGCCGGAAUGCCGGUGGCUGGCGGUCGGAUGAAUGCGCGGCGCGGACCCUACGUUCAAAUGCCGACUCCAGGAUUGGCGCCGUCGGAAGUGCCGCAGUACCGGGGCUGCCCCGCAGGUCUGGAAUAUCUGAUGAAGAUCGACCAUCUGCUUGUCCACCAGCAGGUGGAGUUGCUGGAAAUUUUCCUGCCGUCGGAGAGGGCUAACAAGUACGUCGUGAAGAACAGCAUGAGCCAGUUCGUCUUCGCGGCGGCAGAGCACAGCAACGUCAUCGCUCGCCAAUUGACCCGAAACCGGCCCUUCCUGAUAUCGCUUGUGGACUACCGCAACGUCCUAGUGAUGCGGAUUUCCCGGCCAUGUCGCUGCGACUGCUGCCUUUGUUUUUGCUGCCUCCAGAUAAUGGACGUGCACGACGCUUCCGGUGCCGUGAUGGGCCACCUUCGGAUGGAGUGCACCAUCCUAAACCCGAACUUCUCAGUGCUGGACAGCGAGAAGAACGUUGUCUUGAAGAUCAGAGGCCCGCUGUGUACAUCGGCCAUCUGUGCCGAGGACGUGGUCUUCGACAUCCUAACUAUGGACGGCGUCCAGAUUGGCGCGAUAACGAAGGUCUGGGCCGGAGUGUUGAAGGAGUACUACACCGACGCCGACAACUUCGCGGUCACCUUCCCCAAGGACUUGGACGUGAAGAUUAAGGCCGUGCUGCUCGGCGCAGUCUUUUUAAUCGUGAGUGGUUGA